CGGUCGGCCGCUAGUCGGUGCCAGACGGUCGAUUAGUUUGUAGCGCGCGUUUGUCUCGUCUCUCGGUUGUCGGUAUUAUGUAGCCAAAUACGCUGUAAUCCGUGUUUAAAGACAUAACCUCAAUUCCGCUAAUGUUUACAUCUUUAGCAGGUCUUUAAAUUCGCUUUUUGUGUGGCACUAUGAUGGGAAAACUUAAAUUUAGAGCUACCAGCUCUAUUUUUUCCGUUUGUAUUAUUUAUUUUUUCAUUCACUUGACUGCUGGUCACGGAAACUGCAAUCAUCCUUAUCCCAAACAUGAUGAGGUUUUGCACAGCUACGUAGAGCCACACCAUAUAAUUAAAAGAAGAACUGCGGACCAACCAUUGAGGAUUCUACUCUAUUAUGACCAAAGCGUUUAUCGGUUGGAGUCUGAGAAGUUUCAGCUUAUUAACAAUACUAUAUUACCUGAAGCAGUAAACUUCUGGGAAAAAGCAUUAUUUGUUCGCAGGGCUGACAACGUUAUACGACUAACAAGGAAAUGCAGUGAUUCUCAAGUAUUCGUAAAGAAUGGUCAAACCCACUGUAUAAACGUAUGUAACGAACGGACAAUGUGCGGCGAAGUAGAGGUGCCUUCAGAGCAUCUUGACGUCUGUAGGGUAUGCAACUCUACGGGACAAAACUGUAGGAGCCUACCUGGAUCCAAAGCGGGCAAAGGUAUCCCGGACUUUGACUUUGUAUUUUACGUUUCUGCUAUGCAAACUGACCGCUGCAACAAAUCUUUGACCGUUGCCUAUGCCAGCCAUUGUCAACAAGAGUCUGGAUUAGAUAGGCCUAUCGCGGGACACGCCAACCUUUGUCCAAACAGUAUUAGCACCAGUAGACAAGAGCUAGAAAUUCUUUUAUCUACAGUGAAACAUGAAAUUUUGCAUGCCUUAGGAUUUUCUGUAAGCCUUUAUGCGUUUUAUAGAGAUAGAGAAGGAAAUCCGUUGACAGAACGUAGUCCUGAAACUGGUAAACCCCCUUUAAAUGAAUCCCUACAAACUUACCAAUGGAGUGAGAAAGUUAUCAGUUCUUUUACAAGGCCUUGGUUUGUAAGGGAUGGGUAUAUUCAAAGGCAAGUGUUUCUAAUGGUGACUCCAACAGUUACUAAAGAAGCAAGAGAUUAUUUUAACUGCUCGCAGUUAGAGGGUGCGGAGCUGGAGGACCAAGGAGAUGAAGGAACUGCGCUUACACACUGGGAAAAAAGAGUAUUUGAGAAUGAAGCAAUGACAGGAACUUACACACAAAAUCCAAUAAUAUCCAGAAUCACCCUAGCCCUAAUGGAAGAUACUGGAUGGUAUACAGCAAAUUACUCCAUGGCGGGCGCUAUGUCUUGGGGAAAGAAUCUGGGUUGUGAUUUUGUUAUGAAGAGCUGUAAGGAUUGGAUCUCCAUGAAAUCUGCAAAAGGAGCCUCUAUACAUCCAUUUUGUACAAAACUUAAAAAAGACCCUUUGCAAACUGAAUGUACAGAUGAUCGAACCUCUGUAGCUCUUUGUAAUCUAAUGGAGUUUCCUGAAGAACUACCAAGGAUGUAUCAAAAUUUCGACUCUUUACAAGGUGUGAAUCCCGGAGAAGAAGGACGCUAUGGAGGAUCAGUUUCUUUUGCCGAUUAUUGUCCUUAUAUUCAAGAAUUUACGUGGCGUUCCAACAAUAUCGUUGUCAGAGGGUCCCAUUGUCAAUUUGAAGAGAACAAUCCACAUCCCGACAAAAACUUUGCCCUUGAAAAGUACGGAGAAAACUCUAGAUGUUUUGAGCAUACAAACCAUAUGUGGGAAGAAAAAUCUUGUAGGCAAUUACGACAGUGGAUGCACUGGGGAUCAGGGUGCUACGGCUACCGAUGCCAAAAUGGAAGGCUGCAUAUUUUGGUUGGGAACUACUCGUAUGAAUGCUAUCAUGCAAAUCAAGAAAUCUCUAUAAGAAUCCUCAAUAACGGAUGGCUGCAUAAAGGAGGUGUUGUGUGCCCUCCUUGUAGAGAAAUUUGCGCAAAAGAAUUUGAAGCUCGUGGGGAACGUUGCAAAAUUGGAGACGAAGCACCUCCUGGCAACUUCUACCCCCGCGACGAUCUCGCUUGCUAUUCAAAUGUUGCCAAAGUUAAUGUAAUGUUAUUUUUACUACUAGUGUCGUUAUCUAGACUAGUUUAAUUGUUUUUAGGAUGUGUGAUACUAUUAUAGUAGCUAAAAGCUACUUAUUUAAAUGUAAAAAAACCACUAAGAUCACGAAUUUGUGUCAAAUAAUUGUGACCCCCCAUUUCCUAACCCCUUAUCUAAGUGUGAUAAUAGAGAAAUUAGUUGAUUUAGGAUUUUGGAAAUAUUUUAAAAAAAUUUGAAACUAUGAAAUGUUGCUCCGGACUAUAUUAUAUCAAUUGAUAAGAAAUUUAGGUUAAUACGACAUGGGUAACGACCUAAAUAAGGUUUUUAUAUUGCUAUAGUUUUCUUUUGUAUUUUUAAAGACUGAUCUUUUUUUGUAUGUUAAAUACAAAAUUAAAAUUACAUAUUUUUACAGCAAAACUAACAAGAACUUUAUGAUAAAUAUAAGAUAAGUAAAGUCUGAUUUUCGAACUUCUUAUUAUUAGUAUUUGUUUUUUAGCGAUCUACGCGAAAUACUUUCCAACCGAAAAGUCAUGCUAAAUUUAAAAUAAACUCAAUACAAGUUUGAAAAUUACUACUUUAACUUUGCUACUUUACCAACAACUACCAUUGUCAAAAACAUAAAUAUUAAGAUUUUUGUAGUCUAUUAAUAUUAUUAUAUAUUAAGUUAUAUAUAAAUAUAAAUUAAUACAUUCCUUUUGAAUAAUUUCAUACUAUGUUAUGAACUAUCAUAAUAAAAUUUUACGAUGCCAUUGUAGUAUUUUAGGUAUAUAUAUAUAUAUACGGAAUAACAUUCCAGACGCCGCAAAAUUGUCCUAUGCAAAUGGCUAAAAAAUAGCUACUCCUUCUACAAGUAUAAGUGUCCAUUAAACAUUAUUGUUAACAAUUUAACCUUACUUAAUAUAAGGCAUUUCGUUAGAUUUUUUAAAAUUUAGUAGAAGUAGAAGUCUCCUUAUAUUAAGUAAACUUUCGUGACCCGUUUGCAUUAAGUUUUACUGUGUUAGUUUUUGCAGGUAUCGAUAUUUCUCAAGCAGCUGUUAUUGAAAUAAAUAAAUAAUAAAUUGAACCAUUAAGAUUAAAUUACCAAAAGUACCAUAUCAGUUCCUUCAUUUUUUUAAUACUUUUAUAUGUAUGUACAACGGAUGGCAACUAAAUAGAAUUAUUGGUGUGUACAACGGCAUCCUGCCUCUCGCCUUUGCAAAAACCAGAAACUAUCUGAUACAUAACUUGCGGUUGCGAGACACUGUAUCGCAGAAGGAAAUAAAUAUUUGGGAAGGAUGCACUAGACCCAAAGAAUUAAAUACCACAGCAGCAAAAGAC